GACGUCCCUCAUGGCGUCGCAGUGCGUCGCGUCUGUCGAAGUUUUGCUGGCCUUGCAAACUCACUUCCACGCUGGUUGCGUCUAUCUCAUGCAAUCUCAGAACACAACAGGCGUGGAAGAGAGGCGGUUUAUGAAGUUCAUGUCAACAAGAGGCCGUGAGGUGGCAGCAUCUGUCUUCAAUGAACCAAAUCAAUUGAUACCCCGGACGUGUUCUUACAACAGGCCUUUUCACGUGCUGCUAUCUAGCGACGAGAAUACGAAGUUGGCCUUAAGUCAGUUAUCCUCAAAACGUGGCGUCAUGGCCGACGCUGUGUGGCUUUUGUUUCUUGAAAAGUCAGUUGAUCAAUUCUUCGAAGAUGUGUAUAUCCCAGUGGAUUGUGAGUUCCUAGUGGCGCAGCGUAGAGGCGGUAACGUUGUACUACUUACUGAGAUCUACAGAAUGGACAAGGGACUUCCCCUACAACAUAAGGAGUUCGGUAUUUGGAACCAGAGCGGUCUGCACGCGUCACGUGAAAGCCUGGUUCGUCGCAGGUCUCAUUUUCACGGCUUCACGAUCACAGCUACAUCUAUAAAUAGUCCUCCUCUGGUGCUUAUGGAUGAGGAGAAGACGGAGAUGAAAGGGGGGCUCUUUGGAUCCGUCUGGACCAGACUGGAGAGACGCCUCAACUUCACGACACGGUACGUGAUUCCCAGCCUGCGGUCCUGGGGUACAGUCUUCGCCAACAACACGACCACCGGCGUCCUGGGCGUUCUUGCGGACGGGCAGGCGGAGGUCGGAGUCUUUCAUAUGAUUAUGACGUCACGCCGGAUAGACGUCAUGGACUUCAGUAUCCCGCUGCUGAGCCCCAAGUUCCACAUAUUCGUCCGCCAGCCAGACGGCCUCCAGCUCCAGUGGAACACAUAUCUGGCGCCUCUCAGCAGGACCCUCUGGCUCACGAUUGUCCUGCUCAUCCUGCUCAUCGCCCUGUUCCUGUCAAAGCUUCAGCGCCUUGGCCGACGUCACGGUAUCGCCGAAAAGACCCUGGAGCGCUUCUGGUUCAGGGACUGUCUGUUCUUCAUAUUCGGGGCUGUCUGCCAACAAGGUGCUGAGGUGCAGAGCCCGCAGCUGACUUCGUGCCGUGUGGUGUACCUCACAACGUACCUGGGCGCUGUGGUCAUGCUGGCCUCAUACUCGGCCACCCUGAUCUCCUUUCUCACCGUGAGGACCGUGAAACUGCCAUUCAACGAUAUUGAGGAGUUCCUCAAGGUUGGAACACACAAACUCGGAACUCUGGAGCACUCAACAGCACUUAACUUCUUCAGGGAGUCUGAGAUGCCCCUGUACCGGGAAGUGUACCGGCGGUUCCUGCAGCCGGCACACGGGACCAUGGUGCCCGACGUGACGGCCGGCCUGACGCGACUGUGCAGCUCGAAGUACGCGCUCCUGGCGAUGUACGUAGACACUGUAGGGUACAUGGAGCACGUCACGUGUCCUGUAGUGAGCCUGCGCAGAAGCUACUUCCGGUCCAGUCUGGCCUUCGGGCUGGCGCUCAACAGCCCGUACAAGGCCUUCCUCAACUAUCACCUACUCACCCUUCAGAACGAUGGAGAACUGUACAAGUUACAGCAGUUGCUGCUUGCACCCCUUCGCCAGCAAGACGCUGAGGAGCUUGCGCCGGUGGACGGCUCGGUAAGCGUGGAGAUACAGCACCUUCUGCCCGUCCUCACGGUUCUGGGGGCCGGCGUGCUGCUGAGUGCCACCUGCUUUCUGCUGGAGUGGGCCGCUGGGCGCCGGACGCGCUCCAAGCAGAAGACAGCCGUAGCUGUCUGACAACGGCGACGAUCAUCAUCUGGUUACUAAUUGUCCCUUCGCACUAAGGCGCCACCAUCCUGGUCUCUGCUUGAGGGGAUACAUCUGCUGUAAGCCGGCCGUUACUGGGGAACGACUCUGUAGGGUCCGUUCCCAGCUUAUAUAACGAGGCCACGGUUUGAGUUAGUCACAGCCAAUGUCGAGCUGUGAGAGAAGCGCCAGCCAGCGAGGAAUCCACAGAGCUGAUAGCCUUUAAUAAGCAACGACAAGUGAAGACGAACAAAAGGCUUAGUGCGUGCUAUAGUGAAAUGUAACGUGUGUAAAUUAGCGAUAGGGCUCUAAUUGUUUGUAGUUACGAUUUAUAAGUUUUCAAAGAAUUCAAUUACCAAUCCGAACUCCGUGCCUAGUCACUAACACGUGACAAUGCUGAACGAAACUGCACACGAAAUAACUCGGGGAAGAACAUAACAGCGUGGAACUACUCGUGUCACCAUUGCACCGGAGAAUAACUGCAGAAUAUGAACCGGAAUAUGUUUAGGGGAUGGAAGGGUGGAAAAGUUUUCAGCAUCCCCUGCAACGUGCUAAGUCUCUGCACUUCCACGGCGACGACGUUUCGCCGACUUCAUUUCGACGUGCAGUGUACACGCUUUGCUUCGGCACGGCCUGACGUUCCAUGCGAGUGGCGAACUCUGUUCUGCCGCCCAAGUUCUUUACCCUAAAGAGGAAAGGAAGUUGAUACGUGAAUAAGGCAGUCUUCUGGAUGUGACGCCGUGUAGGUAUUGUGUUAACCGACG